AUGCGCGCGCUCGGAUUCGCCGUGAAGAAGGAUGAGGUGGACGCAAUCAUGCGGGAAUACGACAGGGACGACAGCGGGAGCAUCGAGUUCCCGGAGUUCCGGGAGAUCAUGAUGGAACGCAUGGGGGACAGGAAUCCCCAGGACGAGCUCGCCAAGGCGUUCAAGAUCUUCGACGACGAUGGCAGCGGCGUGAUCACGGUCAGGAACCUGCGGCGGAUAGCGAAAGAGCUCGGGGAGGAUGUAAACGACGAGGAGCUCAUUGCCAUGAUCGACGAGUUUGACCAAAACGGCGACGGCGUCAUCGACGAGAAGGAGUUCCUCGCCAUCAUGUCUAAAGGGGCGGACGCGGGACUCGUGGAGGACUAA